AUGGACGUGGACGUGGACGUGGACAUGGACGUGGAUGUGGUUGUGGACGUGGACGUGGUCGUGGACGUGGACGUGGACGUGGAGAACGUGGACGUGGACGUGGACAUGGAGGACGUGGACGUGGAUGUGGUCAUGGACGUAGACGUGGUCGUGGAGGACGUGGACAUGGACGUGGAGGACUUGGACGUGGACGUGGAGGACGUGGACGUGGACGUGGACGUGGACUUGGACGUGGACGUGGACCUGGACGUGGACGUGGACGUGGACGUGGACCUGGAGCUCGACUUCUACGUGGACGUGGACGUGGACAUGGAUAUGGACGUACACGUGGACAUGGACGUGGACAUGGACGUGGACGUGGACGUGGACGUGGACAUGGACGUGGACGUGGACGUGGACAUGGACAUGGAGAACGUGGACGUGGACAUGGACGUAGACGUGGACGUGGACGUGGUUGUGGACAUGGACGUGGUCGUGGACGUGGACGUGGACGUGGAGAACGUGGACGUGGACGUGGAGGACGUGGACGUGGAUGUGGACGUGGACGUGGACGUGGACGUGGUCAUGGACGUGGACGUGGUUGUGGAGGACGUGGACGUGGACGUGGAGGACUUGGACGUGGACGUGGACGUGGACGUGGACUUGGACGUGGACGUGGGCGUGGACCUGGACGUGGACGUGGACGUGGACGUGGACCUGGACCUCGACUUGGACGUGGACGUGGACGUGGACGUGGACCUCGACCUGGACGUAGACGUGGACGUGGACGUGGACGUGGACGUGGACGUGGUCGUGGAGUGGACGUGGUCACGUGGACGUGGUCGUCCACGACGUGUGGACGUGGACAUGGACGUCGUCGUGGACGUGGAGGACUUGGAUGUGGACGUGGAUGUGGACGUGGACCUGGACGUGGACGUGGACGUAGACGUGGUCGUGGACGUGGACGUGGUCGUGGAGGACGUGGACGUGGACGUGGACGUGGUUGUGGACGUGGACGUGGUCGUGGACGUGGACGUGGACGUGGACUUGGACGUGGACGUGGACGUGGUCGUGAACGUGGAGGACUUGGACGUGGACGUGGACGUGGACGUGGACGUGGACCUGGAGGUGGUCGUGGACGUGGACGUGGUCGUGGACGUGGACUUGGACCUGGACGUGGACGUGGACGUGGACCUGGACGUGGACGUGGACGUGGACCUGGACUUGGACGUGGACGUGGUCGUGGACGUGGACGUGGACGUUGACGUGGUCGUGGACGUGGUCGUGGUCAUGGUCGUGGACGUGGACGUGGACGUCGAAGUGGACGUGGACGUGGACGUGGUCGUGCACGUGGACGUGGACGUGGACGUCGUCGUGGACGUGGACGUGGUCGUGGACGUGGAGGUGGACGUGGACGUGGACGUGGACGUGGAGGACGUGGACGUGGACGUGGAGGACGUGGACGUGGACGUAGACGUGGACGUGGACGUGGUCGUGGACAUGGAGGACUUGGACGUGGACGUGGACGUGGACAUGGACGUGGAGGACGUGGACGUGGACGUGGAGGACGUGGACGUGGACGUAGACGUGGACAUGCACGUGGUCGUGGACAUGGAGGACUUGGACGUGGACGUGGACGUGGACGUGGACGUGGUCGUGGAUGUGGACGUGGACGUGGAGGACGUUGAUGUGGAGGACGUGGUUAUGGACGUGGAUGUGGACGACUUUUACUUGGACGUGGAGGACUUGGACGUGGACGUGGAGGACAUGGACGUGGACGUGGUCGUGGACGUGGUCAUGGACGUGGACCUGGACGUGGACGUGGACGUAGACGUGGUGGAGGACGUGGACGUGGACGUGGACGCGGACGUGGUCGUGGACGUGGACGCAGACGUGGACCUGGACUUGGAAUUGGACGUGGACGUGGACGUGGUUGUGGACGUGGACAUGGUCGUGGACGUGGUCGUGGAUGUGGACGUGGAGGACGUGGACGUGGAGGACGUGGACGUGGACGUGGAUGUGGACGUGGACAUUGACGUGGUCGUGGACGUGGACAUUGAUGUUGACGUUGACGUGGACGUGGACGUGGUCGUGGACGUGGAGGACAUGCACUUGGACGUGGAGGACUUGGACGUGGACGUGGUCGUGGACGUGGUCAUGGACGUGGACCUGGACGUGGAGGUGGACGUGGACGUGGAGGACAUGGACGUGGAGGACAUGGACGUGGAGGACAUGGACGUGGACGUGGUCGUGGACGUGGUCAUGGACGUGGACCUGGACGUGGACAUGGACGUGGACGUGGAUGUGGUGGAGGACGUGGACGUGGACGUGGAGGGCUUCAACGUGGACGUGGUGGAGGACGUGGACGUAGACGUGGACGCGGACGUGGUCGUGGACGCGGACGUGGACCUGGACUUGGACGUCGACGUGGACGUGGUCGUGGACGUGGACGUGGCCGUGGACGUGGUCGUGGACGUGGACAUGGAAGUGGACUUGGACGUGGACGUGGACGUGGGCGUGGACGUGGUCGUGGACGUGGACGUGGACUUGGUCGUGGGCGUGGUCAUAGACGUGGAUGUGGUCGUCCACAACGUGGACUUGGACGUGGACGUGGACGUGGACGUGGUCGUGGACGUGGAGGACUUGGACGUGGACGUGGACUGGAUUCAUAGACGUGGAUGUGGUCGUCCACAAUGUGGACUUGGACGUGGAUGUGGACGUGGACGUGGUCGUGGACGUGGAGGACUUGGACGUGGACAUGGACUGGACGUGGAAGUGGACUUGGACGUGGACGUGGACGUGGGCGUGGACGUGGACGUGGACGUGGUCGUGGGCGUGGUCAUAGACGUGGAUGUGGUCGUCCACAACGUGGACUUGGACGUGGACGUGGACGUGGACGUGGUCGUGGACGUGGAGGACUUGGACUUGGACGUGGACAUGGACGUGGACGUGGACGUGGUCGUGGACGUGGACGUCGUCGUGGAGGACGUGGACGUGGACGUGGAGGACUUGGACGUGGACGUGGACGUGGACCUGGACGUGGACGUGGAGGUGGUUGUGGACGUGGACGUGGACGUGGACGUGGACGUGGACGUGGACGUGGUCGUGGACGUGGACGUGGACGUGGUCCUGGACGUGGACGUGGACGUGGACAUGGACUUGGACGUGGACGUGAACGUGGAUGUGGACGUGGUCGUGGACGUGGACGUGGUCGUGGAUGUGGACGUGGACGUGGACGUGGACGUGGACGUGGAUGUGGACGUAGACGUGGACGUGGUCGUGGACGUGGACGUGGACGUUGACGUGGACGUAGACGUGCACGUGGACGUGGACGUGGUCGUGGUCGUGGACGUUGACGUGGUCGUGGACGCGGACGUGGUCAUAGACGUGGAUGUGGUCGUCCACAACGUGGACUUGGACGUGGACGUGGACGUGGACGUGGUCGUGGAUGUGGAGGACUUGGACUUGGAUGUGGAUAUGGAUGUGGACGUGGACGUGGUCGUGGACGUGGACGUCGUCGUGGAGGACGUGGACGUGGACGUGGAGGACUUGGACGUGGACGUGGACGUGGACGUGGACCUGGACGUGGACGUGGACGUGGACGUGGUCGUGGUUGUGGACGUGGACGUGGACGUGGACCUGGACGUGGACGUGGACGUGGACGUGGACGUGGUCGUGGACGUGGACGUGGACGUGGACUUGGACGUGGACGUGAACGUGGACGUGGACGUGGUCGUGGACGUGGACGUGGUCGUGGAUGUGGACGUGGACGUGGACGUGGACGUGGUCCUGGACGUCGACGUAGACGUGGAGGACGUGGACGUGGAGUACGUGGACGUGGACGUGUAG